AUGCAGCGGGCAUUCAGAAACGGCAGAGCACUGGCGGCGCUGCUGUUUUCUCUCUUCUACCUCGCUUCGGCGCAAUAUGAGACCAACAAGACAUCUGGCCCUAUCGUCAUCAGCAACAGCACUAUCAACAGUGUCAUCUCUUCAACACAAGAUGCGCGCAAUACCGAUCUACGCCAGACCACAUGCCGUACUGGCACGGUCAACUACAUUACACACUCAUUACCCCAACAGUGUCUAAGCCGCUCGACACCGACCUCAAACUCGACCAUCAGUCUCACCCCUACCGUCACACCUACCCCUUCCACUACGAAUUCAAACCCUCUAUCAAGCAGCCUUGCCCCGGAGGAGCCACCUUCCACCUCAACGGAGACCCAUAGCUCUUCUUCGACGCAGCCCGAAGCCGAGUUUGAGACCGACUCACCACUGGACAAUGCCAACUUCCUGUCAUUCGAAGAAUGGAAGAAUCAAAACUUGGCCAAGGUUGGUCAGUCGCCUGAUCAUGUCGGCCAGAAGUCCAAUUCCGGACAGGACAAACCUCGCAACCCACGUCCGAUCGACCACGCCCUCGAUAUUCUUGGUGAAGACUCGGAGAUUGAAUUGGACUUUGGCGGCUUUGGAAGACAGGAUACUUCUUCGUCAUCAACUGCUAGUGCUCAGCCUACUGUCGCCUCUGAGCAAACUCUUCGAAGCAAGGAUGCUGGCAAGACUUGUAAAGAACGCUCCAAUUACGCUUCAUUCGAUUGUGCCGCGACUGUGCUCAAGUCCAACCCUGAAUCCAAGUCCGCCCACGCUGUUUUGAUUGAGAACAAGGAUAGCUACAUGCUCAACAUCUGCUCGAGCUCCAACAAAUUCCUGAUCGUCGAACUGUGCAAUGACAUUCUCAUCGAUACAAUCGUUCUGGCCAAUUAUGAAUUCUUCUCUUCGAUAUUCCGCAACUUCAAAGUCUCGGUCUCUGAUCGAUACCCUGUCAAAGCAGAUCGUUGGAGAGAACUUGGUGUUUUCGAGGCUAGAAACACCCGCUCAGUCCAGGCUUUUCUGGUCGAGCAACCCCUGAUCUGGGCCAGAUAUCUUCGGAUAGAGUUCUUCACUCACUAUGGUAAUGAAUAUUACUGUCCCGUCAGUCUGCUCAGAGUGCAUGGUACUACGAUGAUGGAAGAGUUUCGCCAUCAGGAAGAGCUGGCUCGUGGUGAAAUUAGCGAUGACCUGGAGGAAUCAGUCAUGCCUGACGCAUCACCGUCUCCUGCUCAAGAACCUCCUCAGGAACCUCUUCAGUCUUCGAAGGAAGCUGAUCAGUCUAUCGCUGUGGAAUCUGUUCGACCUAUCGAGACUUCGAGAGAACCUUCUGCUGUUCUAGCUCCAUCUGACCCUAGGUCAGAACCCUCGAGCACUUCAACAGCGUCCACGUCAACAGACUCUGAGGUGCAAACUUCCACUGCUAACAGCGAAGGUAUAUCGACCAGUACUCAAGUCCACGCAUCAGGUAUCAUCAAUGCCUCGUCAUUACGCAACAUCACCACACCAGAAAGAAACGACACAAUACAGACCACUACAGACCCCAGCAUACAGACAGGCGAUCUCAAGAACACGACAUCUACAUCUUUUCGAAGUGCGUCGAGCCCAACCAACAGCUCAGCGGGUGCCGUGAGGUCCUCUGAUCUCAUCGUCACCUCUCAGGCACACAUUUCUUCUUCGAAUGCUGUCACUACUCAUAAUUCUUCACAGCAGAUGCCCGUGGACUCGAGCAGUAAACCUGUUACCGCCAACCCCAGUAUACAUGAUUCUGCCAAUGCUAGCAACCAAAACAAAAGCACGGCCUCGAGCAACAAGCAGCCAUCUGCAUCGUCUGAUGUGCAUAUCCAGAAGCCGGGUACAUCGACUGUAUCAUCGGCUCACUCAAACCCGACUACUCAAGAGUCUUUUUUCAAGUCUAUUCACAAACGUCUGCAGAUGCUCGAGAGUAACGCCACUCUGUCUCUGCAGUAUAUCGAAGAGCAGUCCCGCAUUCUGCGCGAUGCUUUUAUAAAGGUUGAGAAACGCCAAAUCAAGAAGACCGAAGCAUUCCUCGAGAACCUGAAUACAACUGUAUUUGCCGAGCUCCAAGACUUCAAACAGCAGUAUGAUCAGUUAUGGCAGAGUACCGUCAUUGAGCUUGACAACCAUCGUGAUCAAUAUCAGAGGGAGAUUCACGCAGUCAGUGUGCGUUUGAGCAUUGUCGCUGAUGAGUUGUUGUUUCAGAAGCGGAUGGCGAUUGCUCAAAUGACUGUAAUGAUGGUCUGCCUUGGCCUUGUCUUGUUUGUACGCACAGGAGGUGGCACCAGCUUAGACAUGCCCAUCAUCCAGCAGAUGGUGAACAAGUCGCACUUUGGAAGGGGCGCUUACGAUUCUCCUCUGAACUCACCAUCACCGGAUCAGACUUCUCCACCAUUCACUAAUGGAGAUAUCAGACGCCGAAGAGGGUUCUGGAGAAGCAGCUUCAAUUCUCCAGUAUCUCGACCCAUUUCUAGAGGCAACGGGAAUGUGUCCGAGGCAUCUGUAGAGGAGCACUCCCAGAGCGAGAACCCUGAUCUGCGAUUCCAGCCACCCACUCCAACUUUAGAGGCCAGCCAGGGAACCGACGGCGAAGAUGGUGUUCUCGUUUCGCCUUCGAUGUCGUCCUCUCGCGGAGAAGGCUCGUUUGUAGGCGAGGGAAUAGAGGACGAUGAAGAAGACCUUGAUGCUUCUUCAACGUCGCUACCACAGGAAACACAGUCAUCGCCCUCGACACCCAGCGGAUCGCGAGAUCUCAAGGCGUUACCUUGGCCAGCCGGCGGAGAUGGCAGUGGCGUUAUAAGCGAUGAUUAA